AUGUUCCCUACCCAACUUGCUGCCCAGUCCGUCCGCCGAGAGGGCCGAGAGAGGGUAGAAGCGCAAAACAAGAGCUCUAGCGGGACUGAAGCUGCAGAAACUAGAGACAACGGUAACGUAAGCAGGACACUAAGGAAAACCCUAAGCAGCGCGCACCUUACGACUAACGGCGAAAACAGAGAGGAGGGGGAGUCGAGGCCACCCAUUCCUUCAAGGGCCCGUCAGCUGCUGCAUGCACGCAAGCAAAGUAGCGGAGGAAUCGGCGUCUUGACCCUCCGCCCGCCCGCCGCACUGCAACGCAAGAAAACAAGCACUAUCCUCGCAACCUCAUGCUACUGGCGGUGGAAUUACAUCACCCCACGAAAGCAGCUCAAAGAGUAUCACGUCGUGGGGAGACAGAGCAAAGGAAGGGCCGAAGCGAAGCGAAAGCGCGGGAGAAGAAAAGAGGGGAAGGGAAAAAGCAAAGACCCGGGGAGCAAGCCGUCGGUCGUCGACCCGGCACCAAGCAAAAACGAAGCAAACGAAGCAGGCUGUGCGUUACUUGCCAGCGCAGGUGCGCGCGCCGCCGGCCGUAACCUCGCAGAACCCGUACCAGGCAAAGGAAAAAACUACUGUCUUUCAACGGUCAACGACGCAUAA